GAUGGGCUCUGUGUAUGUCACCUGCAACUGCAGCUUCUCCUCCAACCUGGAUCCUGACACCAUUGGAAAGUGUUUCUGGACAGGACCCAGGAUGCCACAGCCACUGGCUAGGGACUCCUAUAAGCUGGAUAACCUCCAAGUGACAAGUAUGGGGCCUGAAUGGCUGGGGAACUGGAAGCAGCCCCCACUGUCUACAGCUAAGCCACUGAUUGACCCCAGGCCCCGACACUUCCAAUUGAACUUCACUGUCACCAGCGUGCUCUAUUCCCUGGACUUGUCACACCCUGACUCAGCCAAGUAUCAAGAGAACAAAAAUGGCAUUGAAGAUGCGCUGACCCAGCUCUUCAGAAACAGCAGUAUCAAGAGCUAUUUCUCUGACUGUCACGUGCAGACCUUUAGGCUUGUCUCUCCCUUCUUUAGGCUUGCCUCUCCCAGACGCCUCACAGGAGUGGACUGUUUAUGUGACUUCACAUCAGCCGCUCAGGCCCGGAACUUUGACAGGGCCGCUAUGUACGAAGAGUUCCUCAGACUGACCCACAAUGGCACUCGGCUACAGAACUUCACCCUGGAUCAGAACAUAUCCUGGUGGAUGGCUAUUCUAUCAAGAAAAUAGAUGGAAAAACUAAGAAAACUGACCUGCCCUACUGGGCCAUCAUUCUUAUCUGCCUGGCUAUGCUCCUGGGGCUCAUCCUUAGUAUUAUGUGCUGCUUCAUGGUUAUCAUGGGCCUGAGGAAAAACAAAGGAGAUUAUGAAGUCCAAAGGCGAACAACCAUCAUCUCUUACCUCUCCCAUCUAGACCUGAAGAAAAUUAAUAAUGGACUGUGAUAAAAAUGCAGCAGAGUGAACCCAAACACCUUGGCCCCUGGCCCUGGCCACAAUCCUGGUGUGGGCUGGGCUUGGGCUGGAAUAAACACUGGGCCUUGCUCAUUGUGGAUUGGCCAGAAUACC